CAAUCGCAGCUGUUGAAAAGUUCACCACAGUCAUCAGUAGAGAUUUACAGCUGGGCUAACUUAUCAAACCGUUUCUUAUCGAACACUUUACAAGGCAGCUUACGUAAUGCUGGCAGGCACUCAAUUGGGACGUGUGGCGAGUCGCCUGAUGCCUCGAUUAUCAUCGAUGCGAUCCAUUUACACGGAGCGAAAAGUGCAAGUUCAGGGCGCUGGUGACUUGCACAUUGUGGAGUGUGGCAAUGGUGCUCGUAGCCUGCUGCUCAUGCCCGGUGCCCUGGGUUCGGCCUGGACCGACUUCAAGCCACAAAUCGAGCAGCUACCCAAACUGCUACCCGAUCACACAAUUAUUGCCUGGGAUCCACCGGGUUAUGGAAAAUCCGUGCCACCCCAGCGCAAAUUUGGACUGGAUUUCUUCAGUGAGGACGCAGACGCGGCUGUGCAACUAAUGCGUGCCCUUGAUAGACCCAAGUUCUCGAUUCUGGGAUGGAGUGAUGGUGGCAUCACAGGUCUGCUGUUAGCGGGACGUUACAACGAUGCGGUAGAAAAAUUGGCAAUUUGGGGCUCAGGCGCUUAUCUCAACGAGGCGGAGGUGAAGGCACUGCAAGCGAUUCGCGAUGUGGCGAAGUGGUCGCCACGCAUGCGCGAGCCCAUGGAGAAAGUCUAUGGCGUGGAACGCUUCGCCCAUCUAUGGGCGGAAUGGGUUGAUGCCGCCUGUGACAUUUAUAAGCAACGUGACGGCGACUUUUGUCGCAAAGAAGUGAGCCAGGUGAAGGCGCCCACAUUUAUACUGCACGGAAAGAAGGAUCCCAUGAUUGCCGCCGAGCAUAUUCCCUGGCUGAGAGAACGAUUACCACAGGCGCGAUAUCACGAGUUUCCCGAGGGCAAGCACAACAUACAUCUGCGAUAUGCGGAGGAGUUCAACAAGCUGGUCGCCGACUUCUUCAAGGAGAAAUAACAGGCCUAGGAAUAAACAAGUUGAAAAAGAUGAAAAGUUCUCGAGGGAAAACAAAAUUGAAGUGGCUUAUCAUAUCUUCAAUUACUUUCAUGGUUUUUAUCCGAUCGUAAUAAUUAUUAGUCUGUAUACUAAAAAGUUUAAGGGAGCAUUGUUAUCGAAUUUGAAGUCCUCAGCUUAUAUGCAAUAUAAGAUGAAACGGUUUAUAGCAACGUUUGGAAAAACGGCCCAUAAGAAUAUUUAUAUUAAUAUACUUUUUAUAU